UUUUGAUUUUUUCAUGUCAUGCUCUGUGACAAAGUACCAUUAGAUGGUGAAUAUAGAACAUAAAACAAGGAUUAUGUUUCUAUAAGAUCAAGAAGUAGAGUGUUCCUUUUAGGUCGAGGCAGCUGUGAUAAUUCGAAACUGGCUCCCAAAUCUUACGUAUUCUGAGUUACACGCAGUCAUGUGUGGAGGAUUUGCCACAGUGGCUGGUGUUGUCAUGGCAAUCUAUAUAUCUGUCGGGGCACCUGCCGAACAUGUGUUAUCUGCAGCUAUUAUGAGUGCGCCGGCAGCUUUAGCAAUUGGGAAACUCAACGUCCCCGAGACAGAAAUAUCCAAAACAAAAGCAGGGAAUUUACAACUAGACAAACCAUCUUCGAGGAAUUUCAUGGAAGCUGCAUCUAAUGGUGCUGUUGCUACAAUCAAACUUAUCGGCCACGUUGUCGUCAAUCUGAUUGCGUUCAUAGCACUUUUAAGCUUUGUCAACGCUGUCUUGUAUUAUUUAGGAAUUGCUAUAGGCUUUGAAGGACUCUCUUUCCCAUGGAUUUGUUCCAAGGUGUUGAAACCAUUUGCAUACAUUCUUGGUAUAUCGUGGGAGGAUGCUGAAAUAGUCGGAGAAUUGAUUGGAACAAAGCUAUUUGUGACAGAGUUCAUCGCUUAUAUAACUAUGAACGAAUAUUUUCAAGCUGGGAAAAUAUCUGCCAGAUCUAGAGACAUCGCCACGUAUAUCCUUUGUGGGUUUGGUAGCUUCUGUGACAUUGGCAUCAACGUCGGUGUUUUUGGCGCAUUUGCUCCUACACGUAGAUCUGAGCUAGCGGGAAUGGGCUUCAGAGCCUGCAUAAUGGGGAAUAUGGCAGGAUUCCUAACAGCCUGUAUUGCAGGAAUGCUUUCCCAGUCCGAGGAGACAUAUCUUACAGUACUUGCGACCAAUGCUACUACUACUGCAGCCCCAUUACUGGUUCCGUGUCCCUAACCAAUAGAGUAUAUCACGUGGAGUCGAUCUCACUCAAUCGGACUGUUAUGAAGUGAU